UCUAAACGGCCAGUCAUCAAAUCGCCAGGCUUGCAAAGUGGUGUUUGUUUGUUUCCAAAUAAAAUCCUUAAAAAUGAAAUUUUUGAUCCUUGUGUCCUUGAUCGCGGCCACCGUUGCUGCUCCUGGUGGAUUAUAUGGCGGCCACGGUGGUUAUUUUGCUGGGGGCUAUGCUGCAGCUCCAGCCAUCAGCUAUGCUGCACCCGCCAUCAGUUAUGCUGCUGCCCCUGCAGUGGUUAAAACCGCUGUUGCAGCUCCUGCCAUUAGCUACGCUGCCCCUGCUGUGAGCUAUGCUGCUCCUGCUGUCAGCUAUGCUGCCCCUGCAGUGGUUAAAACUGCUGUAGCUGCUCCUGCCAUUAGUUAUGCUGCCCCUGCGGUGAGCUAUGCUGCUCCUGCUGUCAGUUAUGCUGCCCCUGCUGUUGUUAAGGCUGUGGCGGCACCCGCUGCCACCAGCUAUGCUUCCUUCACCUCGGUUGUUAAUCACCCAGCUGCCGUUAAGACUGUUGCUGUUGCCGCCCCUGCACCCGUUGUUAAAGUAGCUGCAGCCCCUGCCAUUUCAUACGCUGCUGCCCCAGCCGUCUCAUAUGCUGCCCCAGCAGUCUCAUACGCUGCCGCCCCUGCCAUCUCAUACGCUGCUGCUCCUGCCGUAUCAUAUGCUGCCGCUCCAGCCAUUUCACUGGGCUAUGGUCAUGGCAUCAGUUAUGGUUAUGGCCAUGGUCAUCAUUAAAUCUUGAAUAUUCAUUUCUAACGCAAAACAAAAGAUAUCUAACCAUUGCAAGAGGACAACAAAGACGCCGUUUUUAAAUUUACUCCAUUGACGUUCUUUUUUUCGAAUUUAGUCAAGAAAAUUGUUACGUUUUCAAUUUUUAUUUCAAAUGCAUUAGUUACCAUCAAAGGAUACAUAGAGGGCAGAAUGUAAAGUUCUACCAAACGCAACAUGUUAGGU